CCCAAACGCACCAAGUGGUAUGGAUCCUCGGAACGACCAUGCACAGUCCGAGUCGGAGCUGUACCAAACAGUUGUCCACACCCGACAAGAGAAGCUUCGGUCGCAGCUGCACAAGGUCGCGGGGCAGAAGGCGUUUUUGCGGCAUGAGCAUCGGCGGCUGAUGCUGCAACGAGCGCUGCUCGAGUCCGAGUACCAGCGCUUCGAGGCGUCGUUGUCGUCCGACUGGUUUUGCCACGAGGAUAACUCAACUGCCAAGGACCGGCUCAGGAUACAAGUGGGCGGCCAGGAGUUUGAAGUGACGCUACAUAUCGCCCGAAAGGACCCCAAGUCCCUCUUGGCUGCGCUCGUGGCACCUGAUUCACCGCUGGCGCCGUCGGCAGUCGGCUGUUUUUGCAUUGACCGCGACUGGAAUCUGUUUCGUCUCAUGCUCAACUUCCUGCGCGAUGGCAUACUACCAAACGACCCCAAACUUCUGCGCGAUUUGUAUGUCGAGAGCGAGUAUUGGAAAUUUGACUCGCUCAAGCUUGCGAUCGAACAGGGUAAAAUUCAAUUGAAACCAGCUACAAAACCUAUUGUAAACAAUACCAGCACUCGUCCCGCCGAAACUGCGUCCAAAUCUGGUGCUAGUACUACUAGCAACGCAACCACCAACGCCAGUCACCCUUGGUGGAACGAGCCGCCGCACUGGUGGGGCCGCCCGCCAACCACGCAAAAGGUUGUGUCCUUCUCACACAUAACCAACCAUACAUGUAUCGGCAGCGAUAUGUAGACAUCGGAAGGUCAGACGAAAGCCGACAAACAGCCUGAUCCGUAUGCGUGGUGGAAAGGCACCAAGUACAAGGGCAACGACUACGCCAAGUUCCUCACGGACCAGUUGGCGACCGAGCAUGGCGGCCAGUGUAAACCAUCCAGUGAAAAGUGUAAUGACGCCUCUACAUCCUCGUCUCAACAACCCACUACAACGUCGUCGCAUGCUUCAUAUUUGGGCCAAUCCUUGUUCAGUAAUCAUCCACCACCCCACUCCUCCACUGGUACCAUCAAGGCGACACCCAAGAACGAACAAGAGUACCCGCUCAUGCGCAGCACGUGGACAUCGGUUCGACACUUGACGUAGUAGUUGUAGCUGUAGUACUAUUAAUAUUACUAGUAGUAGUACUAGUAGGAGUCUAUCAAGGAGCACCGUGUCCUUCAUGCAUUGAGGCUGUU